UAUGUUACGAAAAAUAUCUAAUUUUCUACCUGCUUUAAUACUCAAAGAAGAAGUAGCUAUUUCUUCUAUGCUAGUGUUUACGAAGCUCCUAACCUCUUUCUGUGUAAACAGUUAUAAAUCCAUUUUUCUGUGUUUGUUUGAGAUAUACAUAAUAUUAUGUCUGGUGGAAUGCUUUACGGCGGAGACGAAAUUGGUGCUUUAGUAUUCGAUCCGGGGCAUCAUUCGUUGAGGGUCGGUUAUGCUCAAGAAGACACUCCAAAAGCCGAAAUUCCAGCUGUGGUUGGAGUGGCUCCCGACGAUUCAACAAAAGUCGAACCCGAAGCCAAACCUGAUGAUAGCAAUAUCUCGUCGACCUCAUCGCAAAACAAAUAUUAUAUCGACACAACCUUUUUGCACACCCCACGACUUAACAUGGAACUGCACAGUUAUAUGAAAGAUGGAAUGAUUGAAAACUGGGACAUGUUCGAGAAGAUAUUGGAUUAUUCCUAUGAUAAAAUUAUACAAUCAGAAUCACAAUAUCAUCCAGUACUGUUUUCUGAAUCUCCUUGGAACCAACGGCAAAAACGGGAAAAGCUUACCGAAAUCAUGUUUGAGAAGUACAAGGUGCCAGCGUUUUUCUUGGUAAAAAAUGCAGCUUUGGCAGCGUUCGCCAAUGGACGGGCCACAGCUUUGGUGAUUGACAGUGGGGCUACUCAUACUACAGCAGUACCUGUCUUAGAUGGCUAUGUUAUUUCAAAUGCAGUUGUCAAAUCACCUUUGGGUGGUGAUUACCUCAUUUUAAGGGCUAGAGAAAUGCUUGAGUCAGUGGGAAUUGAUUUGACUCCUGCUGCAUUAAUUGCCAGUAAAGAAGUGGUGAGAGAUAAAGAUAAGCCCCGAUUUAUGAAAAAAAAAUUGUCAUUUCAACCUUCAAACUCUUGGAUGACAUACAUGGUGAAGAAAACAGUUCAAGAUUUCCAACAAACUGUUCUACAGGUGUCAGAAAAUCCUUAUGAUGAACGCAUUGUGGCAAACAUUCCGGCUGUUCAUUAUGAAUUUCCGACAGGAUAUCACCAAGACUUUGGAUCUGAACGAUUCAAGUUAGCUGAAGGUUUGUUUGAUCAUGCAAUGUUAGGAGCAGGGCAUAUUGCUGCUACAAGUGCAGGUAUGUGUGAUGUUGACAUACGGCCUGCACUUUACAGCUCAGUUGUAUUAACAGGCGGGAAUUCUUUGGUACAGGGAUUUGGUGAUCGACUGAGCAGGGAUUUAUCCUCUAGAACGACAGGAUCUCUGAGGUUAAAAAUGAUAGCGGCAAAUGGUACUGUAGAACGGAGGUUUGGUGCAUGGGUUGGUGGGUCAAUCUUGGCGUCAAUAGGCACGUUUCAACAGAUGUGGAUGUCCAUGCAAGAAUACCAAGAGUCAGGGAAGUCGCAAAUUGAUAGAAAAUGUCCAUGAAAUGUUGAUAAAGUGUGAACAAUUUUAAGCAUUAAGUUGUUUUUGUAAUACAUAACAUUUUUGUAUAUAUGUUUGUACCAUUCAUUCUUAGCUAGUCCCAUUUAGAGUAUUUUUUAUAUAAAAAUCCUGGUAUGCAACCCAUUCUUUAAUUAUAUUUUGAAUAAGUACUUCUAUUUCUAUAUACUUUUUGACAAUUACAAAAUAAAUCGUGAAAGUCCCAUGACUGCAGCAAAGUUUUUUUUUGCUACGAAAGACCCACUGCCUGACAAAAAAGUCUAAAGAGAAGAAAUCACUAGUAGUCGUGGGAGAGCUUAAUACUCAAAUACAAAAAAUUGGCGCAUCUCUUAUCU